AUGCACGGCUCAGCGCUGAUCUCUGUGCACUCUCAGGAGGAGGAGGAGCUGCAGGAGGAGGAGCUGCAGGAGGAGGGUCUGCAGGAGGAGGGUCUGCAGGAGGAGGAGCUGCAGGAGGAGGAUCAGGAGGUCAUCGAGUCCUGGACGUCCAACGUGAAGGCCUGCACAUGUGACUGUGAAUCUGCUGACACAGCGACACGUAAUCCCCCCCUCCUCCAGCCCGAGCUGCCCCCCCCCUCCCCACAGCCUCAGCUGGACACCUGCAUGCCAGAGUGUCCGUACCACCGGGCUCUGGGCUUUGAAUCUGGAUCUGUGACCUCGGACCAGAUCAGCUGCUCCAGCCAGGACCAGUACUCGGGCUGGUACUCUUCCUGGCUUCCCCUCAAGGCCCGCCUCAACAACCAGGGCUUUGGGUGUGCGUGGCUGUCCAAGUUUAACGACCUGCACCAGUGGAUCCAGAUCGACCUGAAGGAGGUGCAGGUGAUGUCGGGGAUCCUGAGCCAGGGCCGCUGUGAUGCUGAUGAGUGGGUCACCAAAUACAGCAUCCAGUACCGCAGCGUGGAAACCCUCAACUGGAUCUACUACAAGGACCAGACAGGGAACAACAGGGUCUUCUACGGGAACUCGGACCGAUCCUCCUCGGUGCAGAACCUGCUGCGGCCCCCCAUCGUGGCCCGAUACGUCCGCCUGCUGCCGCUGGGCUGGCACACCCGCAUCGCCCUGAGGAUGGAGCUGCUGAUGUGCAUGAACAAGACCUUCGUCAAGACCUCCAUCAGGACCUCCACCAGGACCUUCAUCAAGACCUCCAUCAGGACCUCCACCAGGACCUUCAUCAAGACCUCCACCAGGACCUUCAUCAAGACCUCCACCAGGACCUUUAUUAAGACCUCCACCAGGACCUCCACCUGGACCUUCAUCUCGACUGUGUUCAGAGAGGCUCAGACUAACCGAGUCUGGGAGGGGGACAUGUUUCAUGCACUAUUUACCUGUCCUUAA